AUGGCUGCUGUCAGAGACAAAAAUGAGCAUCAGGGAGCUUUCAAUAGUCUUGCACAAGGCAACUCUGGCCUUGAUGCCUUCCUUGAAGCGGCAGGACUAUUCGUCCCACAGCAGCAAUCCCUCAAUUGUACUACUCGGCCCUCUGAUCACCGCCACCCCACUUUUUCUGCAUCAGCUCAUCUGCCCACUCCAAUGGAUGUCGAAUAUAAUGGACCUGACUAUGCUGAAGUGGACAGUGACAAUAAUGAGGGUGAUGUAGAGCGUUCAGACAAGGAUGAACUGUAUGGUAACAUAAGUGAUGAACUUGAAGUGAUUUUGUGGUUAUUACAGCAGAACGGCGUCAGCGGCACUUCUUUGCUUGCUCAAACCAAAAAGAUGGGAUGGGAUUUAGAUGAUAUGUGCAGUGUUGAGAUCAAGCAACAUAUGGGGUGCCUUGGUCAUACAUACUAUAUGAUCAGACCCGAGUCUCUUGUAAAAUUGAAUUUUUCUAAUCCCAUGACACGCUCUGUCCUCAAAGUCUAUCCAGAAGAUAGUGGAACAGUAUCGAAUGAAAUUUGCCAAGCCCACCAAUGGCUAUAUGAACUCGAUUCCAACUUAACAACUCCUAUGUAUCGCAUAGGAUCACAGGAUUUCUAUAUUCAUGAGCCAGCACUUUUGAAUGACAACACUAUUUGUUUUUGGCCUCCCAAUCUCUUGGGACAGGUUCAGCAGUGGACCCAGCCUCUUUCCAAUCCAUGGCGUACAAAGGCUGGAGGUGCACAAGUAGUAGCUUACCCUGUUUUCAUUUACUGUGAUGACACAUCUGGCAAUCAAUCAAAGAAGUGGAAUGAACACAAUAGCUUUCUCAUGAGUGCUGCUGGCCUUCCAAGAGAACAUCUGCAUCGGGAAUACAACCUGCACUUUCUAUAUACAUCAAAUGCUGCACCAUCUCUAGAAAUGUUAGAAGGGGUUGUCAAUGAGAUUCUUGCAUGUCAAGACACCGGAAUCUGGGCUUAUGACUGUGUAUUCAAGGAGGUAGUGCUGGUCAUAAUAUCAGUACUGGCACUGCUAGGUGAUAAUCCUAUGCACAGCGAGUUUGCAUGCCAUGCAGGCUUGCAAUCAAAAUUUUUCUGUCGCUGCUGCUGGGUGAAAGGGAAGGAUGACAAUGACAUGGAGGAUGAAGAUGGCAAUCACCCUCAGAAAGAAACAAUACCAGGAAUGGUAGACCGCAUCAAACAAUUUAUAAAGGGAGGAAAAGCUCGUGAUCCUGCUGAAACAAAACAAACCUCUCGGGGCAUGUUUCAAAAUGUGGUCAACAUGGCACCUCAAAAGGAUAACCAAUUAUUACAAGCAUCUACCGGUGUAAAGGACACAGUUUUGCAGCACUUUUUUGCUAAGUUAGACAAAGUUUCUCAGUAUGGCGAAUACAAGGUUCGACUAAGUAGUUUAGAUGUCUCUGGCCUCGACCCUAGUAUUUUGAGGUUGUGGGGGCAUACCCUUGUUCAGUAUGCAGGAUUGCUUGUUGGACGUGAUUUCUACUUGAUCAGUCAGGUGGCAGUUUUUGUUCUCUAUGAUUUAUUAGAUGAAAAGAUACUCAAUGCAUGGGCUGCUCUAUGCGUCCUUGCCCCUCUUGUAUGGCAACCGGAUAUUGAUGAUAAGAAUAGUUACUUUCCACAUUAUUCGCUACUGAAGUACAAGAAUCAUUUAAUAGCAUUAUUUGUGGCUGGUCGGUCAAUUCAAAUCAGCAAGCACCAUCCCAGGACAUUGCUAGAUGUGCUGCAGGACUUCUAUGUUUGCGCCACUUUGUAUCUGGUGGAUACUUCAAAGUCAAACAUGAAGAGUUUGUCGGUGAUGAAAAUUGGGAAUGGAGUUGUGCUGGCCCUUCAGCUCUUGCACUGGUCACAUCUCCGCCAUUAA